CACUUUUGAACGCAUCUUCUUCUUUCUUCUGCCAGUCAUCUCUCCCUCUCUCUCAAUUUUCUCUGUACAGUCGUUUAAUUAUCAAUGUAAAUCUCUCUCUUCAUUUUCAUUUCUGCAAACAAUGACAACUGAUCUACUAAAACUAUCAAUUUUUCCUCCUCCUCACCCGAAGUUCCCCUGUCGCUCCACCGCAACGCACCGUUUUGACUACUUCAAAUCUCACCUUCCUAAACGCCGUCCUCUCAUUCUCCGGCAACCACGCUAUCUCACUCUCUCCAAUUCCCUCGAUAUCCAAAAACCUCAACUCCAAGACGCACCGUUUCAGUCACAGCAGGACUCUCCGAUUCUUCUAGAUGUUACUGGAAUGAUGUGUGGGGGUUGCGUUUCUCGUGUCAAAUCUCUUCUCUCUUCCGAUGAGAGAGUCGAAUCAGUCGUUGUCAACAUGUUGACUGAGACCGCUGCAGUUAGGUUAAAACGUGAUUUUGCCGUAGACAGCACGGCGGAGAUAGCGGACAGCUUUGCUAAAAGGUUGACGGAUUGUGGAUUUGAGACGAAAAAGAGAGAACUGGGGAUUGGAGUAGCUGAGAAUGUGAAAAAGUGGAGAGAAAUGGUUAAGAAGAAAGAAGAAUUGAUUGUUAGGAGUAGAAAUCGUGUGGUUUUUGCUUGGACUUUAGUUGCUUUGUGUUGUGGGUCUCAUCUUUCUCAUAUUUUGCAUUCUCUUGGCAUUCAUACCUUUGCUCAUGGCCCAUUUUGGGAGGUGCUGCAUAAUUCCUAUGUGAAAGGUGGUUUGUCUAUGGCAGCUCUUUUAGGACCCGGAAGAGACUUACUUUUUGAUGGUUUAAAGGCUUUUAAGAAAGGAGCACCAAAUAUGAAUUCCCUUGUUGGAUUUGGAUCGCUUGCUGCAUUUGUUAUCAGUGCGGUCUCACUUCUUAAUCCUGAGCUUAAAUGGGAUGCCUCAUUCUUUGAUGAACCGGUCAUGCUUCUUGGUUUUGUGCUUCUAGGACGUUCUCUUGAAGAGCGGGCUAGGAUCAGGGCAUCUAGUGAUAUGAAUGAACUUCUUUCCCUCAUAUCCAUGCAGUCACGUCUUGUUAUUAAUUCAUCAGAUGGCAAGUCCCCUGCUGAUACUGUUCUUUGCUCUGAUGCAAUUUGUGUGGAAGUCCCCACUGAUGAUGUUCGAGUUGGAGACACAGUGUUGGUUCUGCCGGGAGAAACUAUUCCUGUGGAUGGUAGAGUUAUUGCAGGAAGAAGCGUUGUGGAUGAAUCCAUGCUCACAGGGGAAUCAUUACCUGUGUUUAAGGAAGAAGGCCUCAAAGUCUCAGCUGGAACUAUAAACUGGGAUGGUCCCUUAAGGAUUGAGGCCUCCUCUACUGGCUCCAACUCGACCAUAUCUAGGAUUUUUCGCAUGGUUGAGGAUGCUCAAGGCCGUGAAGCACCCAUACAAAGACUUGUGGAUUCAAUAGCUGGGCCAUUUGUAUACAGUAUAAUGACCAUAUCAGCAGCAACUUUUGCUUUUUGGUACUACAUUGGCUCACAAGUUUUUCCUGAUGUUUUGCUCAAUGAUAUUGCUGGACCAGAUGGAGAUGCUUUGCUUUUAAGCUUGAAACUCUCUGUGGAUGUCUUGGUAGUUUCUUGCCCCUGUGCGCUGGGUCUUGCCACACCCACUGCAAUUCUAGUUGGAACUUCACUUGGAGCUAAGCAAGGACUUCUAAUAAGAGGGGGAGAUGUAUUGGAGCGCUUGGCAAGAAUUGAUUACAUUGCUUUAGACAAGACUGGCACCCUCACUGAAGGAAAACCGGUUGUUUCUGCCGUGGCUUCAACUUCUUACAAAGAAUCAGAAAUUCUUCGAAUUGCUGCUGCAGUAGAGAAAACAGCAUUGCACCCAAUAGCAAAAGCUAUUGUGAAUGAAGCUGAAUCAUUGGAGUUGACUAUCCCAGCAACAAGAGGGCAAUUGACAGAACCAGGUUUUGGAACCUUAGCAGAAGUAGAUGGACGUCUCGUUGCAGUUGGUACUCUAGAUUGGGUUCAGGAACGAUUCCACAGAACAGCGGACCUGUCAGAUCUAAGAAAUCUGGAAGCUGCAGUUUCAUUUCAAUUGUCAAAAGGGACUUCAUCAUCAAACUAUUCGAAAACAGUUGUCUAUGUUGGACGUGAAGAGGAAGGCAUCAUUGGUGCUAUUGCAAUAUCUGACAGAUUGCGUCAUGAUGCUGAAUCAACUGUAAAUAGGCUCCAGAUGAAGGGCAUCAAUACAGUCCUCGUAUCAGGAGACAGGGAAGAGGCAGUUGCUAACAUUGCAAACAGAGUUGGAAUAGGAAGUGAAUUUAUCAAUGCAUCCUUGACUCCACAGCAGAAGUCUGGUGUCAUUUCAACUCUUCAGGCUGCAGGACAUUGCGUUGCAAUGGUAGGUGAUGGGAUAAAUGAUGCACCUUCUUUGGCUCUUGCCGAAGUUGGGAUCGCCCUUCAGAAUGAAGCUCAAGAAAAUGCUGCUUCUGAUGUAGCAUCUAUUGUACUUCUUGGAAACAGAAUUUCACAGCUCCGUGAUAGAGAUGGUCAUUUUCUAUAUAUGCCUGCACCCUAUAAUGAUUAAUGAUGAAGAUCUUGUGCUUAACCAUUAUAGUAUGAUCAUAAAUAUCAUUCAGUCGAGUGCUUGCAUGUCCAUCAUUGUGAGCAAUAAUUAAUCGAAGAAAGAUGCAGAUGCCAAAAGGGAGGAAAAUGCCUCAAGAAGUUAUAUAGGUAUUGCCAUAUAGAGAAUUUGUUUGCUGGGAGAAGCUAUAUGGGUGAUACUUCAAAAUUGAGAUUAAAAAAAAGGAAGGGGAGAACUAUAAAGCUUUCUAGAACACAUGAAAAUGUUGCACAAAUGGACGAGUGAAGUGAUGCCUGAAUUAAGAGUUUUCCAUGGGUAGAUGAUAUACAAGUCCUUUCUUUUUCCUUUUGUUAAAAUUAAAAUUCAGAAUUCAUGCAAAUCACAGAAGGUCAUCAACAUACAAAAGAUUCCUCAGUCUGGGAAGGGGAAGUACAAGCCAGAACACUGAUUUGACUUUUAUGCAGGAUUUGGUUUCUAGUUUCUCGCUUGUUAUAAUUUUUUUAGCAAGUGGAUCAACUUUUUUUAACCUCAUGCAAUAUAUAAAUUAUAGAAUGAAGUUGCUAUUCCACAUCAGGAAAUAGCCAACUAAUUAUGAGCUACGCAUAUUCUUUAUAAAAUGUUGUGUUUGGUUUUUUUGUUUGCCAUUAUGUAUAGCUUAUAGUUGGCUUGCCAUUGCGUGAUGUGGAAUCUGUAAUAAUAUUUUCUUAUCCAAUCAAUAGGAUCUGAAUGCAAUAAUAAUAUCAAAUGAUUCUACUUGAUAA